AUGUCUUUUUUUAAUCAAUAUUUUAACCUACCACCCACACCGGAUUUCACCAAAAAAUUUUCUUUCACAUCACCAACUAAACCAUCUACUCUAUCAAACUCUCAUGAAUCUCUUUUGGAAUCAUUUUUCAACAACAAUGAUAGUUCCAAUGAUUUCAAUCAUGAUAUGGAAUCAAAUUAUCCAUAUCAUGAUUCCUUUUCACAUUUGGAAUUGGAACAGCACCCACUUUUUGAUGAACACUCUAUCAAUUCAAAUUCACAAAUGAAAUUGGAAAUGGAUCGUAUGGAACACAUUGGUCAACAUUCAUUAGACACAGCUGUGGAGUCUCCAUCUUUAUCAAAUUGUCAAGAACCAUUGGAUUCAUAUGAUAGCAAUCUAAAAAGGAAAGUCAUUAAAUGUAGACCGCAAUUUCUCACACCAAUCAAAAAGAAAAUGCGAGUGGAGGGUCUAACAUCUAUUGAAGGACACGUUAACACUUGGCAUGUGGGGACUGUCUUGAGUAUUGAUGAACAAUCAAAAACCGCAGAUAUCCAAUACGAAGAUGGCAAUGAAAUCGAAACGUUGGAAUUCGAUAAGCUCAAGCCCUACUACAAAGAAAAAAGAACGAUUGAAGAUUUGGAAAAGAAUAGUUUGAUUAUCUUCAAACUUGGAACCAACUACUUCAAUGGUCGAGCUUGUUUUUAUGUCAAACCAAAGCAUUGUAAAUAUUAUUACACAUUUGGUAAUACAAACCAGAAAAUUUAA